CUCAUCACAAACAACAUUCAAAAUAGCUUGUGAGAGCAGAUCUAUUUUCUUUUGCUCCUUUAACACUCUUUUUUUUAUACCUCCGUCAUAAACCUUUAGAUGUGCAUUUGCAGCUGACCACUGCUCUCAAGGGAAACUGAGCCAGGAUGAGUUGAGCGUGGACUCACUGGUUCAUGCUGGGAUCUGCAAAGAGAGAGGAAGUGAAGAGGUGGAACAUCUGGACUUCAUUUGUGUGCUCCAGAGUGGGGAAAAGGUCCAGAAAUAGGCUUUAAAAGUAUUUUCCAUAUUAAUUGCCGUUUCUAUGGCUAUUUCGAUGCUGAGGCUCGCGACUCGUUAUGGGUAUAUGACGUUUCCAUACACUCUGUCUCUCGCGUGUGGGUGUGCGUUUGUGUGUGUGUGUGAGAGUGAGUAAGUGUGUGGCCGCGUAUUGUGUGCGCGCCGCCCUGACGCUGAACAGCCCCGUGGAGCUGUUGUUCCCAGAGAGCAGGAGGACAAUCAGACGGACUGUUGGAUUAGAGCGACAAAAGAGAAAGUGCGAUCUCUGUUUUAAGAAGAAAAAAAAGUCUAUUCUGUUGAGGUUUUUUUAAAAUCGCUCCUCAGUUUUUGGAGUCGUCGCGCUUUCUGGUGAUCUUUGUCCGGUUUCCUCGGCGGCGCACAGACCGGCGGAAUGGAUUUACUACUGGCUAGACAAGACACUAGUCCUCCACCAAAGUUUUGAUUGUCAUCGUCGCCUCUCGACCCCAGAGCUGAGGGAAAGGCAGCUGAGCUUGACGCGGCAUUUGUGGGGACUGGUGGCCACAUGUGAGCACAUUUGCGGACAAAUAGUUGUCGGAGCGUCUUCUCGCUGCUCUCCACUAUAUCUCUCAUGGGGUGACCCACAUAGAACUCUUCAGAUGUGACUGUGGGACAGGCAGUCUCCCUCCCAUCCUGGGCCCUCUUCCUGUCCUUAAAGGCAACGAUUAUUUGCUUAGACACUCCAACUCCACUGUGUGAAUGAAUCUUUGCCGUAAAGCCGCUGUGCUCUGCCACCCUGUCACCAUGAAGAGCAAGUAUUCCCAGUACUACAAUAAGAGUCUGAUCCACUCCUAUUAUGCAUUUGCUAAGAACAUGAGCACUCAGGAGGUGGACAAACGUAUUGAGAAUAAAAAACAGCUCACCACCCUCAACAUUGUCAUCGUGGUCCUCUGCACCAUCAUCAUCCUGGAGAAUCUGCUGGUCCUAAUUGCUGUCUUUCGCAACAAGAAGUUCCACUCUGCAAUGUUUUUCUUCAUCGGCAACCUGGCAUUCUCUGACCUGCUGGCAGGCUCGGCCUACAUAGCCAACAUUUUUCUAUCAGGGUCAAGGACCUUUGAGCUGAUGCCUGUGCAGUGGUUCAUUCGGGAGGGUACGGCGUUUAUUGCUCUGGCAGCUUCAGUCUUCAGCUUGCUGGCGAUAGCUAUAGAACGCUAUAUUGCUAUCACCAAGGUGAAGGUGUAUGGCUCCAACAAAACAUGCCGGAUGUUUCUUUUGAUAGGAGCUUGUUGGGUCACCUCCAUCCUGCUCGGAGGACUUCCCAUUAUCGGCUGGAACUGCAUCAACAAUCUCCCUGAAUGCUCAGCAGUUCUGCCACUCUACUCAAAGAAAUACAUCCUCUUUGUUGUCACCAUUUUCAGCCUCAUACUCCUCUCUAUUGGCAUCCUAUAUGUGAAGAUCUAUUUGAUUGUACGCUCCAGCCACCAGGAAGCGACCAACUCGCCGGCCUAUGCCCUUUUGAAAACUGUGACUAUAGUGCUGGGUGUCUUCAUCAUGUGCUGGCUGCCUGCUUUUACCAUCCUCCUCCUAGAUUCAUCUUGCAGGAUACAAUUUUGCCCUAUCCUCUCCAAAGCAGACAUCUUUUUUGGCUUUGCCACUCUGAACUCAGCGCUUAACCCAGUGAUCUACACGCUGCGCAGCAAGGACAUGAGAAAAGAGUUUCUGCGUGUGUUGUGCUGCUGGGGGGUGCUGCAAAGUGGGCGGCCCUCUGACCGUUGUCUGGUCCCUCUAAAGAGCUCCAGCUCUCUGGAACACUGCACCAACAAACACGAACACCAGACCACACCAAUCAUGCAAGAUUGUACCACAUGUGUCUGAUAUGGUGCACACACAUCACAGUGCUUGUCUGUGUGUGUGUGUG